UGAACUUCCGUACUUCACAUAUCGCAGUGACUGCUGAAUAAUAAGUUAACUUUUUCCAAUAAAUUUGACUCGUUAAAAAAUCAAAGAUGUAUGGAGAAAAUUUAACGUUUUACUAUUAUACACUUCUACUCAUCCUUUCGUUUUUAAUAUUUCAAUCAAGUUCUACGAGUGAUGAUAACGAAGACAAUAAUUCGACAGAGCGAUACAAAUUUGAGGAGGAUAUCAAGAGAAACUGUGGCAAAAAAACAGAAUUAAUGCGAUAUAACUCGCAUGAAAAUUAUAUAAACAACAACAAAAAUAACUCCAAUAAAGGAAUUAAUAAUAAAAAUCACAUUGUGUCAUACGAAAAAUGUGCCAAUAUUACUUGCAUUCAGCUCUGUUGUCCGCUUGGUGAUCUCUUUGAUGGCGAGAAUUGCACUGCUAGUGAAAAUGAAUACGUUUUCCCAAACGUAUAUUCAAAUAAUAUGUUACAGAGCGGAAAUAAGAAAGUGGACGAGCUUUUUCCACUAAUCGUUCAAAAUCCGUGCCAGGAAGCUAUACCUUUUUUUCUAUAUCCGGACUAUUAUUUUAAGUACUUUAAGUAUAUGUUUUUCGCAAACAGCUCUUUGUAUCUUCCUUAUUUCGACAUAUUUGUCGAAUCAACAUCUUAUUGUUUGGCCGUCGUGGAUCAUAAUCAGUUCGAUGCAAUUAUCUGCUUGGAAGCUGUGAAUGAAACAAUCGAUAAAAAAAAGGAUAACAUGAUAAAUGAUCUGAUAACUGAAAUCCUAAACGAAUUGAGAUUUUUAUUUUUGAGUUGCCGCAUAUUGUCUAUGUUGUGUUUGCUGACAAUAUUUGUGGUGUAUUCUACAUUGCCGGAACUCCGUAACAUACACAGUUUCAUGUUGCGCAAAUACUGCAGUUUCUUAUUUUUUGGAUACAUAAUGGAACUUAUAAGUGUCCAAUUGAAUCCAAUCAACAUAAUAGAUUUUUCGUAUGUCAUCUGUGUUAUAAUUGCUUUAGUCAACUAUUUCUGUUUUUUGUCAACUUCUUUUUGGUUAAGUGUAAUGAGUUUCGAUAUUUGGUGGACAUUUAGAGAUUUUCGCUUGUUACAAAGAAACAAGAAAGCGAAACAAGACAGAAAAAAAUUAAUAUAUUCUAUCUUUGCUUGGGGAAGUCCCUUCAUAUUUACUAUCAUUUGUAUUAUCAUGGAUUUUGUUCCAAAUGUGCCGAAAAACUUAAUCCGACCGGAAUUUUGUGUCUAUAGUCCUUGGUUUUAUGAGGAUGCGGCGUCUCGAUUGUAUUUUUACGGGCCAGUAAGUAUCUGUGUUAUUAGUAGCAUUUGCUUAUCUAUUUACACUGCAUUGAAAAUUGUGCGUUAUGAAAAGGACACAGCUCGUCAUCUGAGAGAUUCAGAAAGCAGAUUUUAUAAUGACAACAAGCGAUGGUUAAAACUGUAUCUGAGACUGUUUAUCAUGCUGUUUAUCAUAAUAGCCAUAAUUUGGAUUAUAAUAACAGUGUACGAAUUUUGGCUUUUUGAUGAUAUUACAAUGUUGUACAUCAUACGUAGUACGUUUGUGUUGGAUACCAUAAAAGAUAUCGUUAUGUUCAUCAUAUUCGUAUGUAAAAAGACAAUCAUGGGACAGCUAUUGAAGCGUUUCUGUCAGAAUUGCAAAUGUUUUUCCAAAACUUCGACAUAAUGAUUUCAGGUUUGAAUAAUUUUACCAUGUCAAGAACAAUUUUUUUAUGGAAAAACAUUAAUUAUGGAAAAGCCGUCACUCAAAAGUUUUGUCUAAUGAGUAUAUAUAACCUUAUAUGAAUAUAUUUAUCCUUGUCAAGAUUAGAAUAUAUAAUUUGAUAUGUGAUGCAUAAAUGUGUACAUUUAGGUAUCUUUCAUAUAUCUCUAAUUCCAUUAGAUGUGUGUAUCUCAUAUUUUUACUUUAAUUUGUACAUAUUUAAAUGUGUC